AUGGAUCCCACAAGCACACCAGUUCAUGAUCUGGGGCUUACACUUUCCCCUGGAUCUCAGCCCUCCCAGCUGGAUCCUUCUUACCCCCCAAAGGAAGAUGACCUCGACUCCCUGUUUGACGCCGAGGAUGAUUUCAAUCCCUUCAAUGAUUGUGAAAAGCUUGUCCUUGAGUCUUGCUCCAAUCGGUCUACCAACGUACACCUGGGUGAUCUGACGAAGAAACGUACUAAUGAAGAAGCAUUUGGGAUUGAGCAUGAUACCUCAUCUCAUAAGCGAUGCAACCUCGGUGUGCAGACUGUCUCGACGUCCGAGGACAACACCGCCAACCCAUCUCCCAUUCAACCUUUCAUUCAGACUGAACCUCAAGGAAACGGUCACCUUCAACCAGCUCCAUCUCACCCUUCAGAGGAAGAUGAUCUCGCCUCCUUGUUUGACGCAAAUGAUGAUUUCGAUCCAUUCAACGAUUCUGCAAAGCUUGUCAUUGAGCCCCCGGCCAACCAGCCUCUUCAAACAGAUCUGAGCCACGCCAAUAAGAAGCGUACUAAUGGAGAAGCAUUCGGGAUUGAGCAUGAUGUCUCAUCUCAUAAGCAGCGUAACCUUGACCGGCAAGAUGUCCCAACACCCAAGGACAACACCAUCAAAUCAUCUUCAACUCAACCCUCUGUUCAAACUCAACCCCUAGAGAACACCCCGAUUGAGACCGCUACUUCUCUCUCUACACAGCAAAAUAGUUUUAGCUCACUGUUUCAACUGGGCGAUGACUUCGAUCCAUUCACCGAUUUUGGAAAGCUUUUCAGUCAGCUUCCCUCCGACCAGCACACGUCCGACCAGCCCGUUCCCAGCCAACCUACCCUGAACCAGCCAGCCAGCAGUCAGCCUGCCUCCGGUCAGCCCAUCCGGACAGACCUGACUUCCGGCACCAAAAAAGGCCAAGUUGGUGUCUCUCACAGCUCCAGCAUCCACAGCAGAUUUGGCCUUGGCGAGGGAAGCUUGGAUCGGUUGUCAGCCUUUGAGGCUUUGUGUCAUGGCCAGUCAAGCACGGGGCAUAUCUCUCCUUACGCUCCAAUCGAGAACCUGUCUUCAGCGCCACACCCCAGCUCGGCGGCUGGUUCUCAAAAGAACUCGAUUGAAGAGCUGCGACAACGCCUCCAGAGCUCCCGACGGCGCCUUGACACUGUCACCCUCGAGCGCAACCAGUACCGCGAUGCGCUAGGCAAAUACGAGCAGGUGAACCCUCAAACAGGCCUGUGCAAAGUCCAGGAGCUCGAGGCAGAACUGCAGAGAAUGCGUCGAACAGCCGCGAAUCACCGAUCUCGAAUGGACAAGGUGAAGGCGGAAGCAGAGAAAUGGAGACAGCAAUACAUCGAUCUGGCCCACACUCACAACUCUCUCGUUGCGGACUACCAGGGCCUCCAGUCAAUGAUCGCUCGACCUGGUUCUACAGUGAGUGCCACGCAGGCGCCCAUGGCCCCCAACCGAAAUAGACCUCAAGGGCCAGUCCCCAGCGCCACGGGCACGAGCCAGUCUCCAUUCUCUCCACUUUCGAUCACUUCGCCUUCACCUCACCCUCAGCACGGAAUCGAAUCGGAUUUCUUUUCGUGCCUCUCUCCAUUCGAAGACCGUGAGGCGAGUCGUCGACCAUCUCUUGCCGGGCAUCCCUCACCUGACCUCCUGACACCUCCAUACGCUCUCUCCACCCACCGAGGUCAGGGCCCUUCUACUUCCCUUGAGCAGACGCCCUCCCUGCUCUUGAAUACGACUUGCACCGCGCCGGCCAUGACGCCGGCCUUCCCUCCUAUUGCUGCCCGCCACGCAGCCCCCGCUUCCACGACUGCCGCCGCUGUUGAAACAGUCGUCGGCCCCAACCAGCGGAGACCCGUCGCCGCUCCAACUGUGCCUCCCAAGGACAUCCCGGUCAUCGACCUGACCGAGGACCAAGACACAGAUGUGAGCCCCCAAGGAUCCACCUCUCUCCCCCCGGCACCGCUAACCCAGGACCCUAGCCCCCUCACCGUGUUCUACCGGAGCGUGCGCGCCAAGCGGUUUGACUGGCUCCAUCAGAGCAACCGCCGCGUGGAUGACAGCGCUGUUGCAGGCCAAUUGUGCACCUCGCUGAACUCCCGAUGGCGCCGCGACGAGCUCGGUGAAAGACACGCGCGGACGAACGUGAGCGAGUGCUACCGGCUCGUUCAGGCUCAGAAGCACACGCGCUGGGCCUUGGGUGGACCGCUGGCACCUCCUCCCGGUGACUAUGCUCCUGUGAUCCAACGUCACACUUCAGCAGGGGCAAGCACCGCCAACACCUCCACGGCCGCACCUCAGGCCGUCACUGAAUCCGACACCGUCGCCAACGGUGAGAAUCCUCCGGAGUCAUACAGCAUCACUGACGACGAAUUCGCCGCGAUGCUGGAGGAUGCUCUCGCUCGCGGUAAGACGCCGGAGUAG